AUGCGCUCAAGCAAGCGCCAAGUCGCGCCAUCGCCAGAUAACGUUGCGAGAGGUCUCGAUGAUAUUGCUACCCAACCUUCGGUAUUCGACGACCCUGUGGCCUUAGAAGUAUACCGCCCACCCACGGAAUACGAGAACGCGCACAGGUUCGACCCGAAGGCAAAGUGGACUUGGAGGGAGGAAAAGAGUCUAGUCCGCAAAAUUGAUAUACGCAUCAUGCUUUGGUCCUGCCUUAUGUUCUUCUGUCUUUCUCUGGACCGCGGUAACAUCCAACAAGCCAACACAGAUAACUUCUUACCUGACCUUGGUCUGACAACCGAUGACUACAAUCUUGGCAAUUCUAUAUUCCGGUUUGCGUUUGUGGCGGCGGAGCUACCUUCACAAAUCGUUUCCAAGAGGAUCGGUCCUGACAUUUGGAUACCUAUACAGAUCACUCUGUGGAGCAUUGUAUCGUUAUCGCAGUUUUGGCUUACGGGGAGGGCGGCAUUUCUGCUUACAAGAGUCUUGAUCGGCUUUUUGGAAGGCGGCUUUGUUCCUGAUACCGUGCUAUACCUUUCGUACUUUUACACGAAAACAGAGCUGCCCAUUCGUAUCGGCUGGUUUUUUGUCUCUUCAUCUCUAUCGUCUCUCAUAGGCGCUUUCCUCGCAACCGGAUUUCUCGCUAUUCAGAAUGUCACUGGCACAGAGGGGUGGAGAUAUCUCUUCCUUCUCGAGGGGAUUCUCACCGCUGUCGUCGGAAUCGCAUCAUUCUUCAUGUUGCCACCCGGUCCUACGCAGACGAAAGCUUGGUUUCGGCCAAAAGGAUGGUUCACCGAAAGGGAAGAGGUAAUCAUGGUGAACAGGAUCUUACGGGAUGAUCCAUAUAAAUCUACCAUGCACAACCGACAGGGGUUGUCUCUAGCGAUGAUAUGGAAAGCGUUAUGCGACUGGAGGCUAUGGCCACUGUAUUAUAUUGGCUUCGUUUAUGGCCUUCCCGUGGGGCCACCUCAGCAAUACCUCACCUUGACACUACGGAACCUUGGCUUCAGCACAACCCAAUCCAAUCUGCUCAGUAUACCCUCGAGGAUUAUCGGCAUGAUUGGGCUCAUUGCCAACACUUAUCUCGCGGAGCUGAUCAAUUCGCGGACUCUCCCUUGUCUAAUCUUGCAGAUAUGGGCGUUGUCACUCCUGAUUCCCCUCUACACGUUUACUACUGAAACGUCGCCGUGGGUCUACUACACCGUGGUGACGUUGAUAACGGGCUUCCCGGAUGUACAUCCAAUCCAAGUCGCAUGGGCUUCAAGAAACUCGGGAAGCGUGCAGGGGAGGACCGUAUCUGCGAGUCUGUACAAUAUUUGCGUGAACCUUGGAACAGUUGCAUACUCGAAUAUUUAUCAAGCAAGCGACGCUGAAGACAAACACGGCAAUCUCGCGUUAAUAUUUAUCACGGUCCAGAACUUUGUGGCAUAUGGCCUUACUUGGUUAUUUUACCGAGAAACCAACCGUCGCAGACAGACGAAGUGGGAAAAUAUGACAGAGAAGGAGCAACAAGCAUACAUAGAAGCAACAACGGAUAAGGGAAAUCAACGACUAAAUUUCAGGUUUGCGUAUUAG